UGCAGGUAGGACACCCAACUAAUGACUCUUGGCUGGUCGUAAGGAUAUAAAUUGCCAGGAUCGCUGUGAAAGAACUCAGUUGCAAGAGUAUUCUCGUACACACCACUACCCGAAGGAGCUAAACAUUUAAAAAUGAAAUUCUUGAUGUUAAGUCUGGUUGUCCUGCUUGCUGUGGCAUCGGCGCGUCCCCAAUUCGGGUUUGGUGGAUUUGGAGGAUUCGGGGGACAGGAACAGCAGCAGCAAUCUCUCGGCGGUGGCUUCGGAGGUGGUGGUUUCGGGCAGCAGCAACAGCAGGAGGGCUUUGGAGGAUUCGGCCAGCAACAGCAACAAGAAGGUUUCGGUGGUUUCGGAGGAGGUGGUUUUGGACAGCAACAACAGCAGCAGGAAGUCGUGGGGGGACUCGGCUUCUACGGUUAACUACAAAUAAGUGACUACCAUUAAGUAAUUUAGUUCACAUUUUUAUUUGAAAUAUAAAUUUUGUGCAUAUUGUUUUUAUCAGUGCAUUUUGCAUUCUCACACAA